AUGAGUGAGGGUGUGUGUGUGAGUGAGGGCAAUUGUGUGAGUGAGGGCAAUUGUGUGAGUGAGGGCGUGUGUAUGAGUGAGGGCGUGUGCGUGAGUGAGAGCAAUUGUGUGAGUGAGGACGUUUGUGUGAGUGAGGACGUUUGUGUGAGUGAGGGCGUGUGUGUAAGUGAGGGCGGGUGUGUGAAUGAGGGCGGGCGUGUGAGUGAGAGCAAUUGUGUGAGUGAGGACGUUUGUGUGAGUGAGGGCAAUUGUGUGAGUGAGGGCGGGUGUGUGGGUGAAGGCUUGUGUGUGAGUGAGGAUUGUGAUUAUUCUUCUAAACACACUGUGGUCCACGACAGUACAACUGAAGAUAGAUUAACCGAUAGCAAUUUUGCAAGUCCAGUUUGUGUAAGAUUUAACGUAACAUCUGGUACACAAAAUUCUGGAUUUCAGGAAACUUUCGUCGCUUAUCCAAGUACAGGGAACGACACAGUGUGUUCUCCAUUGGACAUCAAUAGCAAAGUUGCCACUACAACUCCUCAGUAUUUUUACAACCAACAGUUUCCUGCUCUGUAUUCCAAUAACGAGAACUGCUCAUGGCAAAUAACGAAUGGUGGAACUGGAAAGGAUAUAAUCCUUACAUUUGAAAUCUUGUCCCUGGAGAAGACAGGAGACAUAUGCUUAGAUUACUUAAACGUCAAAGCAGGUGGAGAAACCAUUGGUACAACCUAUUGUGUGACAGAUGUGUUCAUUACGCCAUUCUCACGAAGGAAUUCUAGUUUUUGGCUAGAAUUUCAUACCGAUGAUGCAGAUAGAUAUCGCGGAUUUGUUGUAAGCUAUGUACUAGAAGAGCCAUGUGAAGGCAAGCUGAAUACAUUACAGGCUCGGCCACAUCUCAGUUACCUGUCUUCCAUCGAGUACCCAAAUAAUUAUCAAAGUGCUGUGAAGAGUGGUGAUUACAGAUGUACAUGGGAGAUUGAACCAGCUGCUCCUGAGGGACUAUUUCUCACUAUUAAAGUUGACAAACUCUCUGAUGGUGAUACUCUGUUUAUAUAUGAAGGAACCAGUGAUGGAGCAUUGUUAUUCCCUAGUCCAGGGGAUACCCAUACUGAUUCUUGUUACUUUUGCAACAAAAGUGCAACAUUUGCGUUAACAUCGUCGGUGUACGUAGAAUUCAAUGUGUCUUCUGGAGGAAAUGAAGGCUUUAACUUAGGAUAUCUAGCAAUAGCUUCUUCCACUAAUACUGCUGCAUGUGCCGCCAGUGCUGAAUCUCCACAUGUUCUGGAGGCAAAUGACACACUCCAGUUUUUCACUUACUUCAAUAAUUCAUAUCCAGACUCUGACUGUUAUUGGAACAUAAGUGAUGGUCAUACUGGACGAGGAGUCAUUUUGACAGUUGAGUUUGCUUACUUUGGCACUUCUUGUAUGGAUUAUCUGGUGAUUACAGGUUGUGAUAGCACCGGUGUAGAGAAAUACAAGUCAAAGAGUAACAACAGACACACAAGGGAAAGUUCUACUAAAAGUUUCAAAGGUUCAGCCUACGUGGAGUUCAGUGUGACCUCGGCUUCUGGAGAUUUGGGUCUAAAGAUGCAGAUAACAUCACAACAAGCAAGUGACAACACAGAAGCAUGUGGAUCCAAUGGCAAAACUGUUGUAGCUACAAAGGAAGUCCAGUAUUUUACCAGUAGCAAUUUCCCUGAAUCAUAUCAGGUGAAUGAAAACUGCCAGUGGAUGAUCUCUGCAGGAAAUUCUGGAGAAAUCGUUAUUCUGACGGUUGAGUUCUAUGAUAUAGAAAAGGAUUCUACCUGUUCGUAUGAUUAUCUUUUAAUUACAGGUCUGAACACAACUGACGAUAAAAUUUGUGGAACAGACUUUUCUCAUCCACUCCGUACUUAUAACGAUACGAGUUUCAAUGUCAGUUUUAAGAGUGAUGGUGCUGAUAAUAAAAGAGGUUUUGUGUUUAGUGUUGUUCUGGACAAACCAUGUACUUCAAAUACCCCAACAAUGCUGACAGCUGACAUCAAUGUGAAAAACAUUUCCUCUGUGGAUUAUACAUGGAACAGACAGACGGGUAAUUACUCGUGUGAGUGGCACAUUGAGGCUAGUGAUGGCUCUGCUGGAAUUUUGCUAUACCUGGAUAGUGGCGGACAAAGUAGUGGAACCAAUAUCAACAUAUACCAAGGAUGUGACAAAACUGGAACCAGACUCUACCCCACAUCUGAUGUAGAUCUGACAAUGGGUUCCUCACCAGAACAGUUAGAAAUUGCAGCUGGAAACUCAACCUUCAUUGAAUAUUCUGUUGGAUCACCAGGAAGUCAAGGAUUCAAGAUACAAUAUCUUUCAAUAGCCGCUAGUGAUAAUACUGCUGUGUGUGCAUCAGCUGUAUCAUCCCCAGUCACGUUGGAUGCAAAUGAUGCCCUCCAGUUCCUGACAAGUUCUAAUUUCCCAAAUGCAUAUCCAUCAUCACUACAGUGUUACUGGAACAUAACAGAUGGUGAUACGGGCAGAGGUGUGAUUUUGACUGUAGAGUUUAAUCACUUUGCUGAUUCCUGUGAAGAUUAUAUCAUGAUCAGCGGAGGUCUUGAUGCAUCAGGCACAAAAGUGUGUAGCAACACUUUCGAUACUUCACCGAUGGUUUUUAAAAACAGUUCUUUCCAAUUGAAGUUUAACUCAGAUGCCUUUAAUAAUGCCAGUGGAUUUGUGAUCAGUUAUAUCCUUGAUGCUCCGUGUAAGGGAGAAGUGACCAUGAUAAAGGCAGAAUUACCUAUAACAACGAUCACGUCACCUGGAUAUCCAUCCUCUUAUCCUGGUGUUGGAAGAAGUGGUGGAUAUGUUUGUAAAUGGCACAUUGAAGCUGAUACUAACACCACAGGAAUUAUCAUCAAAUACUCGUUUGAAUCCAUUCAACUUGGAGAUACCUUGGCUUUGUAUGAAGGUUGUGAUAGCACCGGUGUAGAGAAAUACAAGUCAAAGAGUAACAACAGACACACAAGGGAAAGUUCUACUACAAGUUUCAAAGGUUCAGCCUACGUGGAGUUCAGUGUGACCUCGGCUUCUGGAGAUUUGGGUCUAAAGAUGCAGAUAACAUCACAACAAGCAAGUGACAACACAGAAGCAUGUGGAUCCAAUGGCAAAACUGUUGUAGCUACAAAGGAAGUCCAGUAUUUUACCAGUAGCAAUUUCCCUGAAUCAUAUCAGGUGAAUGAAAACUGCCAGUGGAUGAUCUCUGCAGGAAAUUCUGGAGAAAUCGUUAUUCUGACGGUUGAGUUCUAUGAUAUAGAAAAGGAUUCUACCUGUUCGUAUGAUUAUCUUUUAAUUACAGGUCUGAACACAACUGACGAUAAAAUUUGUGGAACAGACUUUUCUCAUCCACUCCGUACUUAUAACGAUACGAGUUUCAAUGUCAGUUUUAAGAGUGAUGGUGCUGAUAAUAAAAGAGGUUUUGUGUUUAGUGUUGUUCUGGACAAACCAUGUACUUCAAAUACCCCAACAAUGCUGACAGCUGACAUCAAUGUGAAAAACAUUUCCUCUGUGGAUUAUACAUGGAACAGACAGACGGGUAAUUACUCGUGUGAGUGGCAUAUUGAGGCUAGUGAUGGCUCUGCUGGAAUUUUGCUAUACCUGGAUAGUGGCGGACAAAGUAGUGGAACCAAUAUCAACAUAUACCAAGGAUGUGACAAAACUGGAACCAGACUCUACCCCACAUCUGAUGUAGAUCUGACAAUGGGUUCCUCACCAGAACAGUUAGAAAUUGCAGCUGGAAACUCAACCUUCAUUGAAUAUUCUGUUGGAUCACCAGGAAGUCAAGGAUUCCAGAUACAAUAUCUUUCAAUAGCCGCUAGUGAUAAUACUGCUGUGUGUGCAUCAGCUGUAUCAUCCCCAGUCACGUUGGAUGCAAAUGAUGCCCUCCAGUUCCUGACAAGUUCUAAUUUCCCAAAUGCAUAUCCAUCAUCACUACAGUGUUACUGGAACAUAACAGAUGGUGAUACGGGCAGAGGUGUGAUUUUGACUGUAGAGUUUAAUCACUUUGCUGAUUCCUGUGAAGAUUAUAUCAUGAUCAGCGGAGGUCUUGAUGCAUCAGGCACAAAAGUGUGUAGCAACACUUUCGAUACUUCACCGAUGGUUUUUAAAAACAGUUCUUUCCAAUUGAAGUUUAACUCAGAUGCCUUUAAUAAUGCCAGUGGAUUUGUGAUCAGUUAUAUCCUUGAUGCUCCGUGUAAGGGAGAAGUGACCAUGAUAAAGGCAGAAUUACCUAUAACAACGAUCACGUCACCUGGAUAUCCAUCCUCUUAUCCUGGUGUUGGAAGAAGUGGUGGAUAUGUUUGUAAAUGGCACAUUGAAGCUGAUACUAACACCACAGGAAUUAUCAUCAAAUACUCGUUUGAAUCCAUUCAACUUGGAGAUACCUUGGCUUUGUAUGAAGGUUGUGAUAGCACCGGUGUAGAGAAAUACAAGUCAAAGAGUAACAACAGACACACAAGGGAAAGUUCUACUACAAGUUUCAAAGGUUCAGCCUACGUGGAGUUCAGUGUGACCUCGGCUUCUGGAGAUUUGGGUCUAAAGAUGCAGAUAACAUCACAACAAGCAAGUGACAACACAGAAGCAUGUGGAUCCAAUGGCAAAACUGUUGUAGCUACAAAGGAAGUCCAGUAUUUUACCAGUAGCAAUUUCCCUGAAUCAUAUCAGGUGAAUGAAAACUGCCAGUGGAUGAUCUCUGCAGGAAAUUCUGGAGAAAUCGUUAUUCUGACGGUUGAGUUCUAUGAUAUAGAAAAGGAUUCUACCUGUUCGUAUGAUUAUCUUUUAAUUACAGGUCUGAACACAACUGACGAUAAAAUUUGUGGAACAGACUUUUCUCAUCCACUCCGUACUUAUAACGAUACGAGUUUCAAUGUCAGUUUUAAGAGUGAUGGUGCUGAUAAUAAAAAAGGUUUUGUGUUUAGUGUUGUUCUGGACAAACCAUGUACUUCAAAUACCCCAACAAUGCUGACAGCUGACAUCGAUGUGAAAAGCAUUUCCUCUGAGGAUUAUCCUAAUAAUUAUACAUG